GGGGGGAGGGGAGCUCCUCCGCUGCUAAGCCUGUGCGCACGCCCGGCAGAAGUGAGUGGCUCAUUGAAUUGGCCACGUGCCAUGUGCUGUUGGGACGUGAACGAACGUGACGAGCUGGAAGGGGUAGCGCCAACUGUGAGUUUGACGAGGAAAUACAUAGGGGCGCAGCUGUUUGGGUACUUGAUGGAGUUGGUGGUGGGCCUACAAUAUGGAGAUACUCCUUUUGACAUAGAAGACGACGUCUCGUAUGCAGAGGAUGGUGGGCAAGAUAAGGAAGACGUGGUCAACUACUGCAAUAAUAUGUGUGCAGGGAGUGCGGAUUGGGAAGUGGAGAGUGAGAUGAGCCAUGAAGCGGAUGUGUGGGACAGGGAUGAGCAUAAGGUGGGGGUUGGCGGGUGGUGGGAAAACCUGAUGGCGCUCGCUUAUCAAGUUGAUGUUGAGAGUGACGUCAUUGAGGGUGAGGCAGGUGAAUGGGAGGUGGAGAUGGGGUUCAUGGCAGGGGCAGCAACUGCGGUGGAGGAGCGCCAAGGAAGGGGCGAGAUGGGCAAGAAGGGGGAGAAGGGUGACAACAACAACAACAACAACAACAAUAACAACAACAACAACAACAGCAACAACAACAACAACAACAACAACAACAACAGCAACAACGACAACAACAACAACAACAACGACAACGAUAACAACAACAACAACGACGACGACGAUGGCGGCGUGCAGGGAAUGGGAGACAUGAGCGAGAAGGGCGAGAAGGAUGACAACAACAACAAUAACAACGGCGGCUACAACGAGAUGGGCGAGAUGGGAGAGAUGGAUGACAACAACGACAACAACAACAAAGACAACGAGCAGGGAAUGGGGGAAAUGGGCGAGUAGGGCGUGAAGGAUGACAACAACAACAACAACAACAACAACGAUAGCGACAACAACAACAA